AUUAUUGAUACACCCUGUAUAUGGACAAAUGUUGUUAGUAUCAUAAAUUAUGAUCAGUGAUUUAAUGUGUUUCGUUUGAACGUACACGCCAUACGCCAUACGCCAUUUUUGAAAAUGACGUUUCGUUUCAUAUUUCGUUUUCCCCUUUUCGAACAAACGUAAAAAAGAUAAGAAAAAGAAAUAAAUAUUAGUAAUAGUUAUUCGAUAAAUAAGCAAUUCUUACGCGACAUUUUAAUGCUACGAAUUUUAUUCAUUGUCACGCGUUCAAAUUGAGCCACAAGUUUAACGCAGCCCUGUUGUGGGAAACCACAGUUCAAAAUAGUUCAACCCCCGUUUGGAUGUGAAAAGCACGUAGGGUGGAUUCUUUCUUUUUUUUUCUUUUUUCAAAAGGGAAGAACAUAUUUUAUCGUUCACAUUCAUACUUUUUUUUUUUACAAACACACAUUUAUACAGUCAUUUCCGUUUUUUGUUUCAGAUUCAAAUUCACAAAACGGAAGAGGAUUCUUCUUCGGAAGAAGAUUGCAAUUUUGAAAACUACGUUCAUGCAUGUUCGUAUGGAUCUUAUGGGACACUUUGUCAAAGCCGAUGUUAACGUACAAUGGUUGUAACGGUGGAACAACGGAAAGUGACAAUGGUUCUCCUGCUGAAUCAUUUUUAUCUGGUGAAGGAGAACUUGUCGAAGAGCCGGGGGAUUCGCCGGGUACACCAAGAGAUACCGAAGAAGAAGCAACCCUUUCUGAUGAAUUUUAUUCCCAUGACACCGACGAGGAGGAAGAACAGGGAAGACGUCGCCGAGAUCGAGCUAAUUCCCUAGACGGCAUUCCAUCUUCUGGUAAUGGUCAAUUAGGUUCGCCCACGCUUAGAAUAGGAAACGUGGGUGUUAGAAAAUUAUUUACUAACAGUCGUGAACGAUGGAGACAACAGAACGUAAGCGGUGCUUUUGCUGAACUUCGUAAGCUCGUUCCAACUCACCCACCUGAUAAAAAGUUAUCCAAAAAUGAAAUUUUAAGGAUGGCUAUAAGAUACAUAAGAUUAUUAAGCAACGUUCUCGAAUGGCAGAAUGCUCAGGACCGAAAUGGAAUGUUGCAUACUCAAGACGUCAUCAGAGUUAAAUGCGAGGGACACUUUAACAACAACAACAACAAUAACAAUAACAACAACAACAACAACAAUAAUAAUAAUAAUAAUAACAAUAAUAACAAUCAUAAUGGUAUUUCCAAAUCAAAUUCUUAUCAGACAAAGUGUUCGAAUAAUUUAACGAAACAAGAGAAGCUUCAGAUCAAUGAGAAUACAAUGCAAUACAGAGUGCAUUAUCUCAACCAACACCAACACCAACACCAACACCAACACCAACAACAACAACAGAGACAGCAACAUCCUGUCAGUCAUCAUGGCGCCUGUGAUAAGAAUGGAAAUAAUUUGUUAAUGAUAGUACCAGCCGUAUCAUUGAACGAAUUGUCGGUUUCUUCGGUUGAUAAGCAACACGUUGAAUCCUCUAACGUUAUUUCUCAAGGUCAUCAUCAUAGUUUGAGUAGUAAUAUGAUUCGUUCGUCUUUAUCAUGUUCAUCAUCAUCAUCCUCAUCUUCAUCAUCAUCAUCAUCUUCAUCGUCAUCUUCUUCUUCUUCUUCAUCAUCGUCAUCGUCAUCGUCACCACCUUCUUCAUCGUCAUCAAAUCUUUCCAACAGGAUUGUCAAUAAUUUUCCUAAAUCUCAACAAAUCAAUUACAACGUGUGUUCUUCUAAUAAUUCUAUGAUAACCAAUGGGAAUAGUUCUAAUGUUGGUCAUAAAAGAUUACUCAAAAUUGAGAGACAAGAAGAUGAACAAACUGGUAUUGGUAGAGAGUGUAGAUCAACGUCUAUUAAUUGUGAACAACAUCCUGUUGUUCAAGUGCGUAAAAGGGUCAAGGUCACCUUUGCUAAAGAUUCUACUGGUAAUUUUCGUCAGGAUUUUCGACACGUUGAAAGAAAGUGAACGUUUUAAUUAAUCAAAAUAUUACAUGGACCUAGGAAAGUUUAUGUCAGUUUCUAACCUUAAAUUCUAAACGAAUUACUUUGUAACAAAUUUUGAUUUAUAAAUCAAUAAAAAUUAAUCGAUUUUUAAUUCAAAUAUAAAAAUAUAAAUGUGUAGAAACGACAUUACUUUCUGGUUUUCCUUAAUAAGUCAAUAAACGUUCAUAUUUUACUUUUGUUUUAAUAAGAACAAAUUAAUCAUACGUGAUUAUAAGAUUGAAAAUGAAAGAAAGGGGAAAAUGUAAAACACUUUUUCCUAAUUGUUUGACAAAAAUUUCAAUUGGAUUUAUUUAUGAUUCGUUUUCCAUGACACUUUUUUAUUUAUUUUUUAUACAUAUCGUGUGCACGUGACGUAUUUGAAACUAGUGCAAUUAUAAAUUACGAUAUAAUAUUUGAAUUAUAAUGAACAAUUUUAAGGAAAAGUUUCGUCACAACAUUUCUUUUGAUUUGAAUUGUUUAAAACAUUCAACUUAUAAUAUAUAUAUAUA